CGCGCAUGCGCCCUGAGCCCCUCCCGGAAGCGGAAGCGCCCCUCGCGCUGCGGCCGCGGCGCGGGACGAGGCGAAAAGGGGGAAACGGCGGAGGCGGAGGAGCCCCCGGGCCCCAACGGGGACCCGUAGCGGGACCAUGAUGCGGUUCAUGCUGCUCUUCAGCCGUCAGGGGAAGCUCCGCCUCCAGAAGUGGUAUUUGGCCACCGCCGACCGCGAGAAGAAGAAGAUGGUCCGCGAGUUGAUGCAGGUGGUCCUCUCUCGGAAGCCCAAGAUGUGCAGUUUCCUCGAGUGGAGGGACCUCAAAGUGGUCUACAAGAGGUACGCCAGCCUCUACUUCUGCUGCGCCAUCGAAGGGCAGGACAACGAGCUCAUCACCUUGGAGCUCAUCCAUCGCUACGUGGAGCUCCUCGACAAAUACUUCGGCAGCGUCUGCGAGUUGGACAUCAUCUUCAACUUCGAGAAGGCCUAUUUCAUCCUGGACGAGUUCGUCAUGGGCGGAGAGAUCCAAGACACCUCCAAGAAGAGCGUCCUCAAGGCCAUCGAGCAGGCGGAUCUUCUCCAGGAGGAGGACGAAUCCCCCCGCAGUGUCCUGGAAGAAAUGGGUCUGGCAUAGCCCCCCCCCCCCCAUUAUUUUUUUGGGGGGGGGUCACUAAUUAAGGGGUCCCCCCCCUCCCCUUAAUUAAACGAGGGACCAAUCAGCGCCCGGAGAAGAUAAUUUGGGG